AUCUCACGAGCAGUAGCUGCACUACAGAGUGUCAGAGUACAACUAGUACAAACUACAAGUGUAGUCGUUCGCUAGUUCACUACCAGCAGUCUCAGAGUCACCUUCUGAUCACCACUACCGUGUUCGUCAGUUCUCUGAUCUUAAGACCGUCUACACGAUUUUAUCGUCAGAAAACCGUUGCGCCAUGACAUCGCCGUCGUCCGAGCAGCAGCUGCAGGGCGUCCCUUUGGUUCAAAAAUUUAACGCCCAGGCAUUAGAAUUAAAUUUUUCAUUAGAGCAAAAAUGGAAAAAUUUCAAAAAAGAAUAUGAAGAAUUAUAUACAUGCUUGGAAGAAUUUCCUAAACAUUUGUCUGUUCCAAUAUUGAUGCCACUUGGAUCAAAAGUAUUUGUACGUGCCCAAAUAUGUAAUACUAAUGAAGUAUUUAUUAGAUACAAUGAAAUUUUUACUAAACAGAGUGCUUAUGAUGCUAAAAGUGCUUGCAAAAGGCAAAUCAAUAGGUGUAAUGAUAUGCUUGAAAAUUUAAGAAAAGAAAAAGAAUUGUUCAUGGACAAUAUUAGUGCUAGACAGGAAGUUGUUAAUGUUUCAGAAAAAUUAGUAGAAAUAAAUGAACCCUAUGAUGAAGCAGAAGAGGCAGCCUGGAAUGAAAUACAUAGGCAGAAGGUAAAAGAAUAUAAGAAACGUUUAGCUGAGGAAAAACACCAACAGGAAUUAGAGCAACGUCAAAAAAUAUUAAAUGAAUUCAAAUCGGUAGGAUUUGAUGACAAACUUAAAGCAUUGGAAAGACCAACAUUGUUUACUGCAUCUAAAGUACAUUAUGCAAUUAUGAAUGGAGAAGACAUUAGUGGCUGUCUUUCAAAUGAAAAUUGUAUUGAUAUGGAUGACGAUGAUGACGAUGAUGAUGACAUGGAUGAUGAUGAUGAUGAUGAUGAUGAUGACGACAAUGAUGAUGACGUUGAUGAUGAAGAUGACGAUGAAGAUGAAGAUAGUAAAUUAGAAAUUGUUUUCACAAAUGAUAUACCUGAAACUACCAGAGUCUUAAAAAAAAAGAAUAAAAAGCAAGUAUCAUUUAAUAAUGAUAUUCAAAUUAAAGAAUUUGUACCAAGACCUGAAGAACAUUUCAUUCGCCGAAGAAAAGAAACCAUAACUGAUGAAUCUAUCAGACCAGAAAUAAUUCUUACCGAAAUAGAUGACAUUGUGGAAAGAGUAUCCGAUGUAUCUCUGGAUAAUGAAACUGAUAACCAAGAAGAAAAUACAAGGCCUGUUAGUAGAUUUAAAUCCAAUCGAAAUAGAUAGGAGUAAUAAAAAUAAAUAUCAAAUGUGUAUACAUACAUAUUGUUUUUAUUUGGUUAAUUUAAGCAGCUAAUAAAGCUAUUGUAUACAUCAUAAUAUAUUUGUAUAUAAAUGAUAAAUAUUUAAAUUAAAUUAUUAAAAGUGUAUAAAUUAAAA